CACCAAAAUUUAAUGCAACGGCCGCUUACUAUCCACAGAACACUAGAAUCAACCUUCAAUUCAAAUUCCUUUGACAACUUUCAGUACUACAAAUCUACUACGCAAAGUCUGUAAAAAGAUGGCGUCGAUGAGUGAUGAGGAAAGUGUCCCGCAAGAAGAAACGGGUCGUAGAACAAGGUCGGGAAGGAAAGUGGCUGCACCUACGACACCGUCAACAAGAGCAACGAGACGUUCGAGCCGAAAACAAACAACAGAGCAAGCCCCGGAAAGUGAAGUUGCUGCUGAGGCGAAUACUGGAGGCGCAGAGCCUGCUGUUCAAUCGGCGAUCAUACAAGAAAUGCUUGCUGAAGCCGCACAGGGAGUAUUGUCAAGCAUAGAAGAAGAAACUGGAAACAAUCUCGGCCAAGAAGAUCCCAACAUAAAUCAGGUGGAAAGUGAAGAGGUUUUAGUUGGUACUCAAGAAUCAAGUGAAAUUCUGUUAGGAACUCAGGACAGUGAAUACGUUAUAAUGACAACACAAGAAGAAUACAUGAUUCAGCCGCAUAAUUUACGAAGAAACAUCGCAGAAAACUACAGUACGAAUGAACAAUUGUCACAAACAACGGACAGUUGUGUUCCGCAAACACAAGAGCUAGAAGAGAUGUUCAGUACUCCUCAAGAGCAAGAUGAAGUAAUUAUAAGUACACAGGAGACUGAAGAGAAUGUCACACUGACACAGGCGGAAGACGAGAAAAGUUCAUCGUUCCCCUUCGGUGAUAUACCCCCGUCAGACAACUCAGACGGGAAAACCGAAGAAGUUGCAGUUUCAAAUAUAAAUGAUUGUGUGGACAGUUCUUUACUGGCAAGUUUGGUUGGAGACAAUGCCAACAGUCUACCAUCGGCUGGCGAAGAAAGCGAAUCGCAAGGUAAUUUCGAACAUUCCGGAAGUACAAAGGAAACAGCUAUAAAGAUUUCACUCGAUGAUGCUAGCCAGUCACAACCAGCCAUUGCUGAGGAUUUAGCAAACGGCGGAGAUCGUGAUAGUGAAAGAACCGGUGCAGAUAUAGAUGCUGAGAUGGUUUCUGAGGAUGAACUUCCAAUUCCGCCUAAACCUAAAGUUACCGAUACAGAGGAAGUGUCGGAUGAUGAAUUACCAACCCCAAAUCAAGCUGAUCUACCAGCUGAUACUGAAGUUGUUUCAGAGGAUGAAUUACCUUCGUCAACGAGAAAAGAGACAAAGAGGAAGGCCAGUGAAGGGUAUGAUCCUAGCAGUCCUACAGAGGAGAGCAUCGACAUACCAGAAAAGAAAACAAAAUUAUCAUUGGAUGAAAAGGAUGAAGCUAAAGAAAGGAAGAAGGAGAAACGGAAGUUACCUGAGCUGGACAAAUAUUGGGGUGCUGUUAAUGAGGAUCCUGCAGAUUUCACUGGUUGGACUUAUCUGCUGCAGUAUGUCGAUCAAGAGAAUGAUGCUGAAGCUGCGCGAGAAGCAUACGAUGCAUUCCUUGCACAUUAUCCAUAUUGUUACGGCUAUUGGCGCAAAUAUGCUGAUUAUGAAAAACGGAAAGGCCACAGGAAGAAAUGCGAAGAGGUAUUUGAACGAGGACUUAAAGCUAUACCGCUUUCCGUUGAUUUGUGGAUACAUUAUUUAACUCACGUAAAAGCUAAUUAUGCAGAUAAUGAAGAGUUUGUAAGAUCUCAAUUUGAACGUGCAUUGGCUGCAUGUGGUCUUGAAUUUAGGUCAGACAAAUUGUGGGAAGCCUUUAUCAAAUGGGAAACAGAAGGUAAACGAUAUUCGAAAGUUUUGAAGAUUUACGACCGUUUAUUGAAGACCCCAACACAAGGUUACAGUGGACAUUUCGACAGCUUUCAAGAUUUGGUUAACAACCACCCAGUAACAUCUUUAAUUGGUACCGAAGAGUUCAAAAAGAUUCGCGCAGAAGUUCGUGAGUCAGAAAAGUCAAAUGAUAAGGACGCAACAGAUGAGAACGAAGCUGAUGAUCAUGUGCGAAACGAGGAAGAAGCUACGGCUAUUCGCGAUAAAAUCAUUGCAGCUAGAAGAAAGAUUCACAAGGCCACUGUGGCAGCAGUCACAGCCAGAUGGACGUAUGAAGAAGGAAUCAAAAGACCCUAUUUCCAUGUAAAACCACUUGAAAGAUGCCAGCUAAAGAACUGGAAUGAAUAUCUCGAUUUCGAAAUAGAACGUGCCGAUCGCAAGCGAAUUCUCAUUCUCUUUGAACGCUGCCUUAUAGCAUGUGCUCUGUACGACGAGUUUUGGCUUAAAUUGAUUCGCUAUUUAGAAUCGCAGAACGAUGCAGACCUUGUUCCCGUAACACGGGACGCUUUCGAACGUGCCUGCACAAUUCAUCACCCCGACAAGCCUAGCUUACAUAUAAUGUGGUCGGCAUUUGAAGAAUGUCACAACAAUUUCGAUAAAGCUGCCGAGAUACUAGUGAAUGUAGAGAAAACCUGCCCAAGUCUUUUACAGGUGGCUUAUCGCCGAAUAAACCUGGAACGUCGUCGAAAGGAUUACGCAAAAUGCAAAGAACUUUAUGAACACUACAUUUCACAAGCCAAAAACAAAAGUAUCGCUGGAAGUUUGGCGAUUAAAUAUGCUCGAUUCUGUCACAAAAUUCUGAAUGAUUUGGAAGCUGGACUUAAUAUUCUGAAAAGCACACUGGAAAAGGAUUCGGGCAACACGAGAGUUGCGUUACAGAUGAUUGAUUUGGCAUUGCAAAGAGGCAAAGUGAACGAAGAGGAGAUUGUGAGUAUAAUGGAUAAAUUUAUGGCCCGUGAAGGUAUGGACCCGGAUCAAAAGGUCCUAUUUGCUCAGCGGAAAGUCGAAUUUUUGGAGGACUUUGGAAGUACUGCCCAGGGAUUGCAAGAUGCUCAGAGAAGCUUACAGAUUGCGUUGAACAAAGCGAACGAAGCAAAAAAGAAAAGUGAAUCUAGUCCGAGUAAAAAGACGGCUGCAAAAGAAACUCCACUUCCCGCCACUACAGCGAGCCAGCCUGCGACAUAUAACAAUGGAAACUAUGGUUAUGGAUCGUCCGCUAAUUCCAAUUAUUAUGGAAACAGUCAAACGUAUCAAGGCUACGACAGUUACGGCUACAAUCACUGGCAACAGCAGUACGGCAGUAAUUACAAUAGUGGCUACUCACAGUGGAGUGGAUAUGGGAAUUAUUAUUAGAUUUGUAUUCAAGGUUUUCACGUUUUUAUUAUUUGAAUUUUGUUCUAAUGAAAUUGGACUACUUUAAACGCACGCUUCGAUUUUUGAGGAGUUGUUGAUUAUCCGUUUGUUUGUGUAUUAUGUUUCCUCCUUCAAUUUGAACCUUCUUGCAAUUAAGCAACACACAGAUAUACGGAGCAGUUUUUAUUUUUGGACUUUUUUCUUUAAACAUUAUGAUUCGGAUCAAAUAAAGAAUAAUUUAGAUGAGAUGAAAUGGAGAAUUUGUAUUAUUGAGAAAAUAAUUCGGUUUAAAAAUAAAGAUAAUUUUCUAACGGGAAAAA